AUGACGCUCGCGCAACUGCUUUCCGGUGUUCUACUAACCUUCUCGCCUCCCAUAUGGCUAGGCUUGGCUGUAUCUCUCUGCAUUUUAGCAUCAUAUGCAUACUCGUGGUCGCGACUUCGCCACAUCAAAGGACCAUGGCUUGGCUCAUUCUCCUACCUAUGGAUGCUCUACUACACCACGAAGGGUAAGCAGGCAGUCAUAUACCGUGCCAUAAACCAAAACUACGGCCAUCUGGCUCGCAUAGGGCCAAAUGAUCUCAUCACAGAUGAUCCGGACAUCGUCCGACGCAUGAAUGCCGCGCGCUCCCCGUACAAGCGGUCCAGUUGGUACGAGGCCCUGCGGAUGAACCCGUACCAGGACAGCUUGUUCAGCAUGGGCGACACGGCCGCGCACGACAAACUCAAGGCACAACUUUCGUUUGGCUACGGAGGCAAGGAGAACCCGACGAUCGAGGACGGCAUCGACGAGCAGCUGGGCAACCUGCACGGCCUGAUCCGCCGCAAGUACCUCUCGACCGACACCGAGUUUCGGCCCAUGGACCUGGCCACGGCGGUACAGUACUUCACGCUCGACACCAUCACCCGCAUCGCAUACGGAAAGGAGUUCGGAUACCUGGAGGCGGACUCGGACCUGCACGCCUACAUUAGGACCUCCGAGGAACAAGUUCCCUUCUUGACAGCCUUUGCUGAGAUCCCCUGGAUGCGGAUUCUGUUCUUCUCACGUUUUGUCCUCCGCUUUAUAGGGCCGAAGAAGACAGACAGGAAGGGUAUAGGAAGACUUUUGGGGGUGGCCGAUCGCAUCAUCGAGGAACGUUUGUCUGCUGGUGCCGAGGAGAAACAGGACAUGCUUAGCUCCUUCAUCAGGCAUGGCGUGACUCGCGACCAGCUUGAGGGAGAACUUCUCUUCCAAAUAGUUGCAGGCUCUGACACGACAGCGACGGCCUUGCGUGGAACUAUGCUGCACCUCAUGUCAGCACCAAACAUCUAUCACACAUUGCAAAGAGAGAUAGAUGAAGCAAUAUUUCAAGGAAAGAUCUCCAGUCCUGCCAAGGCCGAGGAGGGCAAGGAGCUAGAGUAUCUUCAAGCGGUAAUUUAUGAAGGCCUCCGAAUGAAUAUCCCGUUCUCAGGACUUUGCAUGAAACAGGUGCCACCUGGGGGCGACACGCUCCUCGGGCAGUUUGUCCCAGGAGGGACCCGCGUGGCGCACAAUAUGCUAGGGAUGCAAAGGUCCCGCGACGUGUUUGGGGACGACGCGGACCUGUUCCGACCCGAGCGCUGGCUGGGCAUUGACGCCGAGAAGAAGAAGACCAUGAUGAACGUGGCCGAGAUGGUGUUUGGCUAUGGGCGCUUCGGGUGCAGUGGCAAGCCCGUGGCCAUCAUGGAGCUCAACAAGGCAUACAUCGAGGCAAGCCUUGAGAGAUGUGACCCUUUUGAAAGACAAGAGUAA